GCUCUAAUAGUGAUUUUACUGACAAAUCAACUAACAUCUUUAAAGAAUCAAAUGUUUUAUCUAACGUUAAAGGUAAAAGUAAAAAUAAGUAUGAACAACAUGAAUUCGAAGAUGAGAAUAGUAUUAAAGAUGAUGAUGUUCCUGUUGUGAAAAAUUCAAAAAGUGAAAAUCUUUCAAAUAUUCACAAUGAAUCAUCUAUCUUUUCGGUUUCUUUCAAGAAUAUCAAGAGCAUGAA